AGGUUUCGGUGUAAAUGAGCACCGGGCGGCUCCGCUUCCUCUCCUUCCUGUGAUAAACAGAUUCGGGCCGAGAACAGAACCCAGGCCUGUUGGAUCCAUUAAAACCCUUCAGCAUGGAGAAGAUGAUUUGGACCCUGGUUCUGCUGAGUGCAGUGUGGUCCGGUGUGGCGGCCAUCACUGUGAACAUCCCUCAGACUGUGUAUGAGGUUGCCAGAGGCGACAACGUCACUCUGCCCUGCACGUUUACAACCACUGUAACCAGCCCUAAACUGGUCGUCGUCACAUGGACCGCCCUGGCUCAAGUGGAAGGUGCUUUGGAUGACAUUGUCCUCACUUAUUAUUAUCCUGAUGACGAGACCGACGUCCAAGAUAAUUAUAAAGACCGGGCAUCUCCGAUUGUGGAUCUGAAAACUGGGACAGCUAAUCUGAAGCUGAACUCCGUCACUCUGAACGACAACAGAGAGUUUGAGUGUCAGGUCCAGAUUCCUAAAGACCCCAAGGGCCAGACGGCUGACAAGGCACGGUUGUUAGUCCUAGUGGCUCCUUCCCCACCCAUCUGUAAGACCCAGGGAAAAGCAGAGUACGGCCAGAACAUCAACCUCACCUGUGUUUCUGAGGAGGGUUCUCCUGCUCCAACCUACAAGUGGGCAGGUUAUACUGUGGCUAACCAGCCUCGUGUUCCAGACCCCAAAACCACCGACCAGGGGGGAAUCCUGUCUUUAUUCAACAUCACCAAAGAUACCUCGGGAUUCUACAUCUGCACGUCCAGCAACAAGAUUCGUUCUGCUACCUGCAACUUCACCCUCUCAGUCAUGCCACCAUCCAUGAUGAGCAUAGGUUCCACCGCAGCAAUUAUUGGGGGAGUUGCUGCCGUUUUAAUCUUCCUUGUUAUAAUCAUCUACUGCUGUUGCUGCAAAAACAAGAAGAAGGAUGCGAUAUACGAGAUGGGAAUUCAUGAAGAGGAACACCAUGACAAAGAGCCAGUUAAUGGUGAAAGCCGCCACGGCAAUGGGCAAGAGACCAACAUUCGGCCAGACGAGGCAAAGGUUGAUCUUAGCUACGACCGUCGCAAGGAUUAUGACGACCGCCGCAGUGACUACGAUGAUCGACGCAGUGAUUACGACGACCGCCGCAGCGACAACACUGAUCGCCGCAAGGAUUACGACGACCGCCGCAGCGACUACGACGACCGCCGCAGCGACUACACUGACCGCCGCAAGGAUUACGACGACCGCCGCAGUGACUACGACGACCGCCGCAGCGACUACGAUGACCGGCGCAAGGAUUACAAUGACCGCCGCAGCGACUACGAUGACCGCCGCAGCGACUACGACGACCGCCGCAGCGACUACGAUGACCGCCGGAACAAAUAUGGUGACCGCCGUGAGCGCUACGAUGACGAGGGACGCUACAAUGAUCGCAGAGACCCUCGCAGCGAUAACCGGCCAUGAAAAACCAUAAGAGCCAACAAGGAGGGACCGCAGUGACUGAGACCAUCAACAUAAUGUACGUUACAUCGCCAUAAUCUUUUUUUUAAACCCAAAUGAUGCAAAGUUUUAUCUUCUCAUUGAUCCUUUUGUUAGCUCAGGUAAAUGAACUACUGCAACCAAGUUGCACAAAACCUUUUUUCUUUGUGGGGAAACAACUGUUUUUAUUGAGUAUUUUUGAUAAAUUACUGUAAAAACAGGGAGUAGAAUGACAUGAAAAAAUAUUCUGGGCGCCAACUGUUCUUAUGGAUUUAUGAACGCCAAAUUACGUUUUAUCCUUAAAUGCAAGAUUGAUGUUUUACAUAUACUAAGAGCUAAACAAACGUUUUUCAGAUCACUGGGAGUUUUUAAAAUAUCCUACUAUUUUCUAUGAUAAAUGAUCUGAUCAGUUCCAACAGUAACAUACAUGAUCAUUUUUGUGCACGUUUGAAAUUGACAGUGGAAAAACGAUAAAAUCAACCAUAGAUCUUUUUAUUUUUUUAUCAUCUCUAUUGCAGUCACAGAAAUAAAAAGGCAACAGGCUUGAUAUUUUGAAUUUUCGUAGUAAC